AAGAAUAUAUAUUGAUUAUCAACUCCUAAUAUAAACCAACUUGUUCUCCAAGUUUAUUACCCCUAUAUAUAGUCCAUGUAUUCUAUUGUGUAUGACACACCCAUUAAUAAUAAACAUCUUUUCUCUCCCAAUUAUCUCUUCUCAUCUUCUUGCUAUUAGGCUUAUUCAUAACACGUUAUCAGCACGAUUGCUUUGGAUCACACAAUCAUAAGUUCAUCAUGACAAAUCUUGCAAAACUUGAGUUCAUGGCUUUAGAUAUUACUGGGAAAAACUAUCUGUCAUGGGUAUUGGAUGCUGAAAUACAUUUGAAUGCAAAUAAUCUGGGUGAAACAAUUAAAGAAGGAAAUAAAGCAAACACCCAAGAUAAGGCAAAAGCCAUGAUCUUUUUACGCCAUCAUAUUCAUGAGGCUUUGAAAAGUGAGUAUCUCACUAUCAAGGAUCCACUUGUCCUUUGGACCAACCUGAAAGAAAGGUAUGACCACCAGAAAACGGUAAUAUUACCAAGAGCUCGUUACGAGUGGAUUAAUUUAAGAUUGCAAGACUUUAAGUCUAUAAGCGAGUACAACUCGGCAAUGUUUAGAAUCACAUCACAAUUGAUUCUAUGUGGUGAAAAUAUUACUGAUAAGGAAAUGUUGGAAAAAACAUUUUUAACCUUUCACCCCUCAAAUGUGAUACUACAACAACAAUAUCGUGAAAGGGGUUUCACCAAAUAUAGUGAGUUAAUAUCAUGUUUGCUUGUGGCCGAGCAAAACAAUGAGCUCUUAAUGAAAAAUCAUGAGACUCGUCCGGUUGGAGCAACCCCAAUCCCUGAAGCUAAUGUGGCAACAUAUAAUGGCCAAAGUGAAAGUUAUGGACGUGGUCGAGGUUAUCAUCGUGGUCGUGGUCGUGGUCAUGGCCGUGGUCGUGGUCAAGGUCGUGGACGUGGCCGAGGAAAUUAUCAUAGUGUUCAGUUUAAAAACAAAGGGACCCACCAAAAGUGGCAUAAUAAUGAACAUAAAUCCAAUGAAGAAAAAAAUAAAAAGAAGGUGGGAUCUUCAUCGAAUGCAUGUUAUCGAUGUGGAAGUAACAAUCAUUGGUCGAAGACUUGUCGUACGGCCAAACACUUGGUGGAACUUUAUCAACAAUCCAUCAAAGACAAAGCAAAAGAAAUAGAGACAAAUUUUACAUAUGAGGUUGCAAAUGUUGAUAAAGACCAUAAUGAUGCAACUAAUUUGGAUUAUGAUGAUUUCCUUAUUGAGCCAACUAACUUGGAUUCUGGUGAUAUUGUGGCUGAUACAACCCAGUUGGAUGCUUGCAAUUUUCCUUACAUAUGAAUUAUUAGUUUUCAAGUGAUGUUAUUUCCUUCAUUUCUUUAAGACAUUUUGUUUGAGUUUUGUUUUGGGAUUUGUUAUGUUUGAAGCAUGUUAGACAUUUUAUUUAUA